GCCCAGAGUAUGCAGGAUAUAAAGCUGGACUUCCAGACCCACUGCCCAGGUGAGGAGGAAGCUGAGGACGCUGGUGUGUCCAGGUUCUCACAUCUGCCACCUGCUGCUCCUUGGACCCCAGGAAGAUGGCCAGUUCAAGGAUCUUCGCCCUCCUCUGUGGUUUGCUGGCAGCCACCUUGGUCGGAGCCACCCUCAAUCCUCCUGCAGUCCUCAUAGUCGGCCCAAAAAUCAUGAGAGAGAAGCUGGCACAGAAGCUGAAGGACCAUGAUGCGAUCCAGAUCCUCCAGGACCUGCCUCUGCUGAGCACCCUGCGGGAAGAGCCGGCCGGGGGCAUCCCCAUUCUAGGCAGCGUAGUGAACUCUGUCCUGAGCCACAUCGUCUGGCUGAAAAUCACCUCAGCCAACAUUAUGGAGCUACAGGUGCAACCCUCUGCUGACGACCAGGAGGAGCUGAUAGUCAAUAUCCCACUGGACCUGGUGGCUGGAUUCAACACGUAUCUGGAAAAGAGUUCUAAGCAGAGGGAAGAGCAACUCUCUCCCUUUCUCUCUCUGAAAGGAUCUCCUCAUGGUCAACCCCUUAGCCAACGGUGUCAUGAAACUCCUGGUGCCAGCCUGCCCAAACUGGUGAAAAGCCAGCUGUGUCCCGUGAUCGAGGAGGCCUUUGAGGACAUGCAAGAGGACCUCCUGCAGAUGGUAGAGGCGCCCAUUCCCGUGAGCGAUGACCACCUGCAGUUUGACCUUCUGUCUUCUGCCAUCAAGGAUAACACCAUCCAGCUCAACCUGGAGGCCAAGUUAUUGGACUCAGAGGGAACGGAGACCAAAAGGUUCAGUGAGUCUGAGGCUUCCCUGACAAUUCCCACUCCGGACAGCGCCCCUUUCAGCCUCACCCUGAGGCAGGAUGUGGUGAAUGAUGCAAUAGGGGCCUUCCUCCCUCCAGAAGAAAUCGCGAUCAUGCCGGACGUUGUGCUUCCUGAGCUGGCCCACCGGCUGAAGAAGAUCAUCAAGGAGAUCAGUGAAGAGGCUGCGGCUCAGCUGAAGCACACACAGAUUGUGAAGAUCCUAACCCAGGGGACCCCAGCGCUCCUUCUGGAGAAGGGCGGUGCCAAGCUGGCCCAACUGAUCGUGCUGCAAUUGUUCGCCUCCAGUGAAGCCCUCCGCCCCUUAUUCACCCUGGGCAUUGAAGCCAGCUCAAAAGCUGAGUUUUUUAGCAAAGGUGCCCAGCUUUUGCUCAACUUAACCGGAAUCAGUCCUGAACGGAUCCGCGUGCUGAACGCAGACAUUGCCCAGUUUGACCCUAUAAUGCUGAAAGACAUCGCCCGAGACAUCCUCAGCGCCGUCUUGCAGACAAAUGAGAAUGGAAGCCUUUCCGGUCACCCAUCUGGAAAUGAGCUCUCCCCUCUCCACCUUCCUUCACUGGUUGCAGAGCCUAGACAUGCAAGAUGAGCCAGGCAAUGCCCA